CUCCGCUCCCUUCGGAAGCGCGCCUCCGCCGUCGGCCCCCAGCGCCAUGUCGCCUCCCUCUGCCCCCGCUAGACCCUCCCCAUUUGAAUACGCACCCUUCCGGCGGUCCCAGACUCCGGAGAAGCCUUUUUCGAAAACGCAGUCGGGGCGACCGUAUCGCUCCAGCUCCGGUGGGCUGUCUCAAUCCUCCGCUCCUGAACAGUCCAAGUUUGGAGGACUGUCGCGCGUACCGCCGCCCGCAUCCCAAUUCCCGGACAAGCCGCAUUCUACGCAUCCGUCCCCCCAGAUAUCCUCCGCCGACCCUGCCUACGGAGAGACGCGUCGGUUGAGUUUCAGCGCGCCCGCCCCUCGCCCAAAUAGCCAGCCCCAGCACCUCGACCCUCCCGCUCGCCCUGCCGGCUAUAGUCCCCUGGCGCGAUCCAGCGCAGCGCCCGGAGAAAGCUCGUUCACCACGGCACACCAGCGGUCAAGCUCGUAUGUGGGCCAUGAACAACCACACGGCCGUUAUGGCGGCCUGUACGGGGAUCGUCAUUUGGAGGAACAAGCCCAUCGGGAUCGCGAACGAGCCAUGGCACACGAAGCCGACUCCAAAGGAGGUCCUCCUCCACCGUCGGCACGAUACAACGCGCAUUACGGAGAGCGGGAUCCUGCAGCCACCCGUCAGCAAGGUCUGUCCGCGUGGGAUCUCGGUCGGUCUCAACCCCCGUCGCCGGAAAGCAAGCGGUUUUCGGCUGCCGAAACCGGGUCUGGGUUUGGGUUUGGCGCCAUCCAGAAUUACACCAAGUCCUUGGGCUCUCAGAUGGGAGGCCCGCGACCUCCUUUGUCGAUGCAGUCUCGCCAGAGCCAGCCCACGCCGCCCCCUCAUGAGCAACACCAACAUCAGCAACAGCACCAGUCUCAGCAGCAGCAACAGCCAUACUUGAGUAAACUUCAAACCGAACAUCGCGUCUUCACGUCCGCGCCUUCGGCAGGACCGUCGUCACUGAUCCACUCAGCCUCAUCCGAUGAGCAGCGGCGGAAAGGAAGUGACGAGUUGCUCCAGCACCGAUCUCUGCUUGGAGUCGGUCUAGAUGCCAAACGCGGCGGCCGCGCCUCACCCUUGCCGCAAGCUGUGCAGGGUGCUCAGGCGCAGAUCCUUGGACCUGCAGGGGAGGCAGGCAUCAAGAGCGAGCUCGGUCGUGUUUUCUCCGGUAUUGGAAGUGGUGUUGGCGGUGUCACUGCCACUACUAGCGGCAGUGGGCCAUCCAUCCCGAUGGCUGCCAGUCCUUUCAAGCGUGACAGUCUUACUGGGCGAUCGGUCAAUAGCGAGGCUCCUACGGUGGAUCCUAAACUUGCUCGUCCCCCAUCUGCGAACGGAAAACGGUCCAGACGGUCCAGAGAUGAAGAAGGCAGGGUGGACAGCGAAGCCGGCUCGGAUCUGCGAGCAGGUCCUGGACGCGGUCGACGGAGUCGCCAUCUCCACCAUCAUCACCAUCACCACCACCACCACCGCCAUAAACCCGAAGAGGAGGCUGCUGCCGCCGCUCUUGGUGGCGCACACCGUCCCUUGUCGAUGAACUUCCUUCAUCGCACCUCGACCCCAGGCGAGAGCAUUCCUACUGCUGGUGCACCUUUGGGACACCACCACCACCAUCACCAUCACCACCAUCAUCAUGCUCCCCGCCCGUCGGCUUCCGCAGCUACGGCCGCCAUCACUCCGAUGCGCGAACCGCGCACCACGGUCAACAUCGAGCCCGUGCUGGCAAGCGUUGCACAUCUCCCGCGGCAUCACCUCGGGUCGACCCUGUAUGCCACCCGAAUCGGCACCCCUACCGACAAGGCUACUCUCGAGAGCGCCAAAUUCGGAUAUACCACCACGCCUCUUCCCCUUCCACGCUUCGAUGGCAAGGAGAACUGUACAUUUACCGUGCGAGUCCCGCGCUAUCGCAUCGACGCCAGCCACCGCGAAGAAAUCUGCGCACGUCGUGCUCUCUGGGGCACCGGCGUGUACACGGAUGACUCGGACCCGGUUGCGGCUGCGAUUCACUCGGGAUUUUUCCGUGGCGCCUGGGGCGACGACGUGGACGAGGACAUGCUCGAUCUCGAAAUUCGCGAAGGCUACCAGCACACGCCGAAGACGGCGCAAGAUGUCGGCCUUCCGGAGGGGGAUCGACCUCGCAUCCCCCCUCUGCCUCCGCCCGAGAAGGACCUGCACAUCACCCUGCUAGUGCUACCGCGACUGGAGCGCUACGACAGCAGCGUGCUGUUUGGCAUCCGGUCUCGCACGUGGGAAGGGUCGCACGACGGCAUGAGCUUCAAAGUGCUGCGGGUGGAAUGGGUGGACGAAGGCGUGGGUCGCGGCGAAGAGCGGGGCGGAGCGGCUCGGCGCAAGCGACUGCGUGGUCUGAUGCAGAGCGGACGCAUCUGCACCGGUCCGGGGUCCAUCAAGAUCGAGCAACUGCGCAAUGGCGAGAUUCCGCGGCGCAAGUCGAAGGCCAUGGAGAGUACGGAGCAGCAGCCGUCCCCGGUGCAGCCCGUGUCUUGACCAUGAUCUAUCUGAACAGUGUAUGAGGGGGUGAACGCGCGAGGACAUUUGCAUUGGAAGGUUUAAUCUCUUUACUAUUUUUUUUCUAUUUCUCUAAUUUCUUUUGUCGUCUUCCCUAUGUCUGUCUUAAUUCCUACUCUGGCAUGUUUCCAGUCGAGUCUGUGUCUCGAUGGAUUUUUGAUUUCUUACGAGCGAGGCGUGGAGCUAUUCUUAUGUCUAUUAAUUUUGCCUGCAAUACCAUUCCUCCAAUGAAUG